GCCGGGACGACAGUCGAGUCAGCCGCAGUCCUGCAGGCUUCACCACCACCAGUAUCAUCACUGAUAGCGCCACCGAAAGCCCUGCACUGCAGUCACUUCACCUUCACCGCCUUACAAGUUUUCACACCCACAGCGCCAGUGAGGUUGCGGGUUCCCACACAGAGGAGGUUUGGGGGGAGUUUCUCCCGCUCUCGUUCCCUCUCCCUGCACCCAGCUCAGCAUGCCCCAGCCCCUGUGCACCUCCACAGCGCUCCCAGCUCCACUACCAUGUGUAGAUGGACAGUGACACAAGGUGCACCGGUCGCCUGGUCCUCCUCCUGCCCCUGCCGCCGACCUCCCUCGCUCUUCCUCUCGUUCGCCUUCCUCCUCCUGCUUCUCCUGCUCGGACCCUCGUCAUCCUCGCCGCUGCCCGCCUCUUCGUCAGACUCUGAGCAGAACAGCAAUGCGCCGGGCGGGACGUCUCCCCACUUCUCCGUCUCGCAUCCGCCACCUUACUCGUCGCCCGCACCGUUACACGCAUCCUCUGCGAGGCUGCCACGGGCGUCCAACAUCUCAUCCUCGUCCGCUACGGUCGUCGGCCGCCACGUGCGGAGCAGCUACAAACAUCUACAAGGAGACGUGCGCAGGAGGAAACUGUUCUCCUACCAGAAGUUCUUCCUUCGCAUCGACAGGGAUGGGAAUGUUAACGGAACCAAAAUCGAGGAUGAUCCAUACAGUAUUCUGGAGAUCAAAUCAGUGGACGUGGGAGUGGUGGCCAUCAGGGGGCUCAGCAGUAACCACUACCUGGCAAUCAAGAAGAACGGAGUCCUAUACGGAGCGAGAGAAUUCGGCCCAGAUUGUCGCCUGAUCGAACGCAUCGAGGAGAACAAGUACAACACCUACGCUUCGGCCGAGUGGCGCAACAAGAAGAAGCACAUGUUUGUGGGACUGAACGCCAACGGAAAGCCAAUGAAGGGAAAGAGGACAAGGAGGAAACACACAACCACUCACUUCCUGCCCAUUGUGGUGCAGCCGCGAUGAUUGGACCUAUCCGCCAACCGCGGAGGAACUGGACGGCUUUUGGAGUUACAGUGACGGCUACAUUGGACAGAUCCGCUUCUGAUCUGUAUGAUGCACUGACGAGGAAAAGAAAGGAAACUUAGAGACAUUUCGAUUUUUGUUGGAUAAAGACAUUUCUAUUUUUAAAGAAAGAAAUAAGAUAUAUCCGUAUACAAUGUAUAUAUUAUUUUUUUUUUCGUUGUUUUAAGUUAUAAAGUACACUGGCACAGUAAAAUAUGAAAAGAAAUGACUUCUGUGCCAAAAUGUGAUUGAGCAACUCACAUUUCGAGAUCUGUGUACAUGUGAAGUGUUUUGACAGGUAAAAAAAAAACUAAAGGACAAAAGAUGUGAGAAAAAAGGAAAGUAGAGGAAGUGCGAUUAGAGAGUUACAGAGAAAGAAAAGAAAAAGGAGAAGGAAAGAUGGCAGAUAGAGAAGAAAGCACCUACACAGGAGAAAGUCUAACACUAGCUUGUCUUUUUCUCCAAAUUUAUUUAUUUUGUGUAAUAUUUAACAAAAAAACGAACAAAAACAGAAAAGGACAAGUCGCU